AUGUCAUUGGGUGAUGAACAGCCAUUGGUUCGUCAAUCAAGACAAACUGGUCAGUCUGUUCAACAACAGUCGCUACAACCAAAACCUCAUUCGCCUAUUGUGCAACAGAAUUCAAGUUUGUAUCAGUUCGAGUCGGGAAUCCUUGAAAACCUGUUGCAUGAUGUUGAUACUAUGAAUGAUACUGUCAGAGUUGGACGCCAUGCAAAACAAUCGUUUAUGUCGAGUCAAGCCUGCGACUCGGAUUCCUUGUGUGAUGAUGACAGCCAAACCGAUACUGACAGUGAAUACUCCGAGUCCAUACACAGCAAUGACUCGGAUAUAUCCGUUGAUGGAUACAUUGAUGCUGUAAAUGAUCGCACUGCAACAGUGUUUGAUAUUGAUCAAGAGUCGAGGUAUUUGCAAGGCACACUCAGCAACAGUCCUUUGACUUGGUCAAAUGGAUCACCUAGACGCAUGUGGAGAAAGUCAUGCGAUAGUCAAUCCGAAACCAGCAGUGAUGAAAUUGAUACUAUUGAAUCCAUGAAUACGCAUGCAAACAGUCAAUUGAUGCUAGAUCGUCAUGCAGAAUUCCGAUUUCAGCAGAUCCUGAAUGGUGAUUUCACACAACCAUCCAGAUCUGUAUCUGCUGAGCAAACCUCCAAAAUAUCCAAAUCAGCACUCAAAACACAACGCAAAAACGAUCGUCGCAAAGCCAAACAACAUGUAAAAAGCCACCAUCAUGACUUGACUGCUCAAGGUCGUACUUUUGACGCUCAGCUCUCCAAUAGCCGCAACCCAACACAGUUCAAUGCAGUCAUUAAACUAUUUCUGCACUCCAUCAACAAAAUGGUCCAUGACUUUGUUGUGGCUAAACCGCAGUAUGGACAACUGUCACUUCCACCCAUGAUGAGUGAUGUACGUAAAUUUGCAGUGAUCCUUGUCAAGCGGUAUCAAAUGCGUCCAAAGACAAUGGGCAAAGCAAGAUCAAAGUAUAUCGAGGCUUAUACAACACGAACAACGUGCGUGCCUGAAUCGUGGCGGACAAUACCAAAUGAGAUCAUGCGUGAAAAACUGUUCGAGAUUGGCGAGAUUGCUGACCGAUUUACUGGCUCAGUUGUCAAACUCCAUGUUGCUAGAAAACCCAGAAUGUCGCCAGACAGCAAAAUGAAACGGUCGCACAAAACCGGUAUGAAAAAAGACCCACAUCACAAACAUACUGUUGUUAAACAAGGUCAUGUUGUGGGUGAAUCUAGCCAACCGAUUGGAAAUGAAAACGUUGGUCAUAAAAUGUUGCAUGCUAUGGGAUGGAAUCCAGGACAGUCGCUGGGCACAGGAAACAAAGGCAUUGUUGAUCCUGUCAAGGUUGUUAUACGAACUGAGCGUAGUGGUCUUGGUGCAGAAUGA